UGGUGCACGGUCGAGUUUGUGGCAACGUCUGCAAUCGGUGGCGAUAAUUCAACGUUACUUGCGACAUACAAACAUACAUAGCAGUAGUAUAUAUCAGUGUGUGAAUGUGCGAUUUAUUUUUUAAUUUAACGCGUGAACUGACGAUCAAACCAAUCGAAGGCGCGCUGCAAGGUCUUGAGAUUUCCCCCUCAACGCGCUCGCACAACUGUGAAAUUUCAAAUCAAUUUUGAAAUAGUUUCUGUAUAAAACACAACACAACCGAAACUGAAAUUCGUAUACGUGUGUAGUGCGUGUGUGUGCGCAAUGUUUGCCGUGCAUUGAGUGGCAGUUUUCCGGUGCUCUAGAAGAAUUGUGCAAAAAAAGAAGAAAUAUUGAAUAAUAAUAUCGUGCAAAAUGAAACUUUGGAAGGCAAAGAAGCCGAUUAGUUGCGUGCCCGGCAAAUCGGCAGCGCUGAAGAAUGAGGAUAAACAGGAUGGUGGCAAUAACAGUGGUGGCAUACCGUUAACGCCGAUUGUUUCGGUGGAUCGCGCUAUGAGUCCAGCACAGUCGGAGGAUUCCGGUCUGGCACCCGAUCGUGGCACCACAUAUGCAACAAUAACACUGCCACGUGACAACCCACACAAUAUGGGCAUCACAUUUGCAGAACGUAACGACCUAUCGUAUCCACCUGUUAUCGGCGCGCUCAGUCCACUGGGUCACGCUGCGGACUUUCUAGCGCCCGGCGAUCGUAUUCAUCAAGUCGACGGCAUCUCCACAAUUGGGCUGAGCAAUCAACACGUCAUGAGCAUGCUGUGCGGCGUUUGCGACGGCUCCACGGGUGCUGGAAACAACAGCUCUGGUUCGGGGGAUGCGGCCGGCGAUGCGCGCAACAUACCCGCGGUGGUGGAAAUCGAAUAUUCGCUGCCCGAAUACAUCUCCCAGAAUAGCUUGUGCGUCACAUCGAAAUUGGCGCAGAUCACUGUGGAACGUGAGAGCGGCUGUUUGGGGCUGACGUUGCGCGGUGGCGGCGAUUUUCCAUUGAUCGUCACGCACGUUCGACCGCAUGGACCCGUCUACAAGACCGGACGCAUCAAACCGGGCGAUCGGCUGCUGCGUGUGGAUAAUCUUUCACUGAUUGGCAAGACAUUGGCUGAGGCACAACAGAUCAUCAAGUGUGGCGGCCACGUUUCCGGUUAUACAAAUCUCACUGUCGAAUAUGAUGUGUCCGUCGUGCAGAGUGUUGAGUUUUCAAUGGGACCGCUGCUGAUUGAAAUCGAGCGUCCGAUGAAUGAUAAAUUGGGUCUGGUGUUGUGCAACUAUCCGGCGACUAGUCAUAUGGAUCAUACGAAAAUCGACGAGGUCAGUGCGGCGGGUGUUUAUAUAGCGAGCAUAAUGCCAGCGAGUAUUGCGGACAGAUGUGGCGCCUUGUCUGUGGGUGAUCAAGUGCUCUCCAUCGACGACACCAUAAUCGAGAACUCAGCCUACAGUCCGGACGAGGUGAUGACAAUGUUGGAUGCGAACACGGGACGCGGCUACACACAGAUGCAAAUUAUGCCGGCGCACGCGUUGACGCGAAGAGGUCACACCACGCUCGGCAGUCCCAAGUAUGGUUUUAGUACGCUGGAGUCACGCAAGUCACGGCAGCGACAGCGCUUCGUGCGGAAAAGUUCGCUGCCCCUAGAUGGAGGUGGUGCAGGCAGCGGCGGCGGCGGUGCUGGAGUUGGAGGCUGUGGCGCGGCGAGCAGUUGCAAUGGUGGCGGCAGCACGGGCAGCAAUAGCGGCACAGCGAGCAAUGUCAGCGGCGGCAGCAGCGCCAGUGGCAGCAGCAAUGGUGUUAACAGCAGCGCUUCAACGACUGGCGUUGGCGGUAUGGGCGUGGGGGUGGGCACACUGCAUCAUCCCAGCGCUAUUGGUAUUUGUCGGUCCGAAACGUUUCCCGUGCUAUUGGACUGUAGUCAAGGUUCUGGCAUUGUGCUCGGGCUGACGACCGCUUGCGGACGCGCCGUGACCAUUGCGCAAGUGUUGGCCGAUUCGGUGGCCGAUCGCAGCGGCUCGAUACAGAAGGGCGAUCGCAUUGUGGCCAUCAAUAAAAUGUACAAUUUGGAUGUGCAGACAAUGCGCCAGUUGUUGGGCGAGAAUCGUACGUUGCAGUCGGGGAAGUCAACACAAUCAGCGGCCGCUAAUUGGUUGGAAUUGGAGAUCGAAAUCGAUAUGGCCGAUUCGGUGGUGCCGUCGAGCGGUGUGUACAAUGUGAAAUUGUUGCGUGCUGGCAAAUCCGGUUUGGGUAUUAGCGUAAAUGGUUCUAGUCAUGGUGGUUUUGUUAUUUCCGAUGUGAAACCCGGUAGUCCGGCGCAUCGUACGGGCUCACUACGUGGCGGCGAUAUACUUUUGGCGGUGGAUAAUCAUCCCGUGCAGCAUUAUAAUGUCGACUCCCUGCUGAAGGAGAGUCCAUCAGCUAUGGAUUUCACUACACUUACCGUGAAGCGUGUUAUGUUGCCGGACUUCUUGUUUGAUGCUCAGCAGAAAAUGCCAAAUCCCAUUUAUAGCAAUUGUCCGGCCAGUCCGAGUGAACAUGAUUUGUACAGCACCGCCGCCUACGUCACGUCCAAGUUCAAUGAUUGCUUGUCUUUGAAGUCGGCGACGCCACAAUCAGAUUUUUACCACAAUACCGCCGGCAUUGACGAUGGCUGCAGUCUGCAGUCGGUGCAAAUGCGCCAUCAUCCACAUCCCUGCAAUACUUGGAGUGCCAAUACGUCGGCGAUGGGUCGCUCGUUUGCAGCGCAGAAUACACAGAGUUUGACCACGGAGCUGCCGGACAAUGAGGACACAAAUUAUCAAGAUUUUACCGGCUACGAUUUGGAUCGCUAUGCGAGCGCCGAUUGCAGCGCCUUACUACCCCCACCAAUGGAGAACAAAGUGUACGGUUCCGCGGCCAGCUCCAGCAGCAAAAGCAGUGGCAGCAGUCUGCACCAGAUCAUCUUCACUGUGCGUUUGGAGCCGAAAGGUGGCUUGUUAGGCAUAACGCUCGCCGGCAGUGAGGACAUUAGCAAACCCAUAACGAUCAGUGGCAUUGUGGAAGGCGGCAUUGCGCACAAACACGGCCAAAUACAUGUUGGCGAUCAGCUGUUGGCCAUCAAUGAGGAUUCGGUGCAAGGCAUGCCACUCUCGCAGGCCACCAAUAUACUACAAAAUCUCGGCGAAACUGUGGAUCUGAAGAUACUGCGCGCACACGAGAUCGCCAGCAUUAUGGCUGGUGGCAAUUUGGAGGGUGUCAACAUGCCACAACCACAAGCCAUUUACGCGAAAGUACAACGACGGCCGCGCAGUCCUUCAUCGCAAACGGACGCUGCGUCGGCCAGUGGCAAGGACGGCGGCAAGCAUCGUGUAUUCCAUGUGACCUUGAAGAAGGACAAAGUAUACGAUGACUAUGGAUUUUCCGUGUCGGAUGGUUUGUACGAGCGUGGUGUGUUCAUUAAUCGCAUACGUUCCGGCGGACCGGCGGACUUGAGUGGCGUGCUAAAACCGUUCGACAGAAUUAUGCAGGUGAAUGAGAUGAAGACACAGGACUUUGAUUGCUGCCUGACAGUGCCUUUGAUCGCGGCCGCCGGCGACAAGAUCGAGCUGAUCAUACAGCGCACGGAAUGAUCGUGGCGCCUGCCAGAGCAGCUGGUCUACAAAUAUAAAUACUGACAAUGCGUGUGCCUUUCUCUAACAUAGGAUAACUUCAAAGCACGAAUUUCGAGUUUCGUUUUGUUUAACCAAAUAAAAGUGUAGUAUUUACCAAAAACUAAAAGAAAAUGCGAAAAUGGCGCCGUGAGGCCGUGGUUGUAGGCUCACGUGCCACUUGAAGCACCAUCGCAGAAACCAUACCAAAUAUUAAUUAAAUUAAUCUUAUGUAUAUGUUAGGGUUCUAGCUUUAAGCGCGAAAUAAAUAUUUUUUGUUUACGAUAAUUUUUUUUUGUCAAAUAUACUAAAUUAAAUUUUUCUAGUAGUUAGCAACAGACCGCAGUGCCAUUGACUUACGAAUUAAAGCUUUUGAUACAAAUUUGUUUAUUAAUAUUUAUGAAAAGUGUCUACUUCCAGCUUUAAAACCGACAAAUAAACUGACAAUAAUGCAACUGUAGUGGCAUACUUACAUACAUACAUACAUAUAUAUGGACAUAGAUGCGUCUACUUAUAAGAUAUAUGUACUCAAAUAUUACCUAAACACUUAUAUACAUAUGUAUGCAGUGUACCGUUAUGCAUAUAUUACAUAAUAUAUGUUCAGGUAUAUAUAUUUAUAUAUUUCUCUUUCAUACGAUUUUGCAAAAAGUGUAUUUUGUAAAUUUUCCAUUUGUUUAUAGUCUUAAGGUAUAUUAUAUAACACUACUUAUAUACUUUAUGUACUCGUAUGUCAUUUGAAUGCAAUAAAUGUAUACAAUGUUAAAGCAUCUGACUUGUUAUACGAAGAUUUGCAA